AUGUAUGUGAACGCCAACUCCAACCAUCCCCCUACCAUCACGAAGCAAAUCCCCACAUCAGUACAAACAAGAAUCUCAUCCCUAUCUUCAAAUGAAGAAAAAUUUAAGAUUGCAGCACCGGUAUACAAGGAAGCCCUGAACAACAGCGGUUACCAUGGUGACAUCGAAUUCGCCCAAAACCAAAAGCCCAACAAAACCAGGAAAAAACGCCAAAGAAACGUCACGUGGUUCAACCCACCCUACAGCAAUCUUCUGUAUAAACAGACUGUCCUACAACAUGAUAUGCAAAUGAAUAUGGAAGUCCUAGACACAUGUACAAGAGUUGACCUGAAGAAGAAUCGAGACGAACAUAUCCGAUGGGGCAACGGAUUCGUCCUAGCAUACAGCGUCUGUAACCGCGAAACAUUCCGUCCGAUCGAAGGCCAAAUCCGGCAUCUCCAACGAUGCAAGUCACCCUGCUCUGUCCCGAUCGCCAUCGUGGCGAACAUGGUUGACCUCGAACACCGGCGGGAAGUUAAUCCAGAGGAAGGUCGCGACCUCGCCGAAGAGUACGGCUGUCAUUUCUUCGAGGUGUCCGCCGCUGAGGGCAGUAUGGACGUUCGCGAGGCUUUCUUGACGAUUCUCCGCGAGUUGCAUGAAUCGAAAAAGACAAAUUUACAAAUGAAGCGAAGGCGAAGUAGCGUUACAAGGAACGUGGCCAAUAAGGUCAUGCAAGCCGUCUUCGGGUCACCGCGGCGGUCACGCAAGAUAUCACUACCUUGACAGACCAUAUGAAUAUUAACAGUUUGCAUCGGGUGAUCUUGUGAUUGCUUCAGUGUAUCAUUUGCUCUCGUGAUAGCAGUUUUACGUGGUCUUGA